UCAUGUGAUGCAAAAUGCUUGCCACAGUCAGCAAUAUUUGAACAAAAUGAACACACCUGGCGUCAUUCAUUACACACAACGACUCAAAAUUGAAAACACCUGUUGCUAAUGCUGUGACCACAUGUAUAAAAGCAAGUUCAGAGUGCACAGUUUGCUGAAGAUUCCAAACAAACACAAUGGAUGAAGGCAGAGUCAGGGGAAGAGGUAAUUGCAUCAGAGGAGGAAGAGGAGCAGGCCAGGGAGGAAGAGGAGCAGGCCAGGGAGGAAGAGGAGCAGGCCAGGGAGGAAGAGGAGCAGGCCAGGGAGGAAGAGAAGGUCCAGGAGGGAGAGCAAGACAACCUCGUACCAUCAUUACGGACGAGAUGCGAGCAACAGUCAUUGACCAUGUCAUUGUCCAUGGCAUGACAAUGGCUGAAGCAGGACUAAGAGUCCGUCCAAACCUGAGUAGGUUCACCGUGGCCACCAUUAUCAGGGCAUUCAGACAACACAACAGAGUUGAAAGAAUGCCACAUAGAGGUGGGCGGGUUGCCAUAUUUACAGCGGCACAAGAAACCCCCAUUGUGGAUAUGGUUCGUGAGAACAACCUCAUCAGACUCCGGGAGAUCAGAGACAAAGUCAUUGACGAUAAUGUGAACUUUGAGGGCAUUGAUCAUGUCAGCUUGGCCACAAUAGACCGAGUUCUCCGGCGCCAAAAGAUGCGGAUGAAACAAGUCUAUAGGGUUCCCUUUGAGCGAAACUCUGCACGACACAAAGACCUACGUUACGAGUAUGUGCAAAGGAUAUUACAGUUGGACGCGGUGGCCAGACCUCAUGAGUACCUCUUCCUGGAUGAGGCUGGCUUCAAUCUGCACAAACGAAGGCAAAGAGGCCGUAUUAUCAUUGGCCAAAGAGCCAUCACUGAGGUUCCUGGCCAACGGGGGGGGGUGUGUGUAAUAUUACUCUUUGUGCGGCUAUGGGUUUGGAGGGGCUUGUCCACCGGCAGGCUGUCCUUGGGUCUUACAACACCCAACGUCUCCUAACCUUCCUAGAGGAGCUAAAAGAUAUCCUCCUGGACCACCAACAACACCAUCCUGGGCCCGAACAUCCCAUUUAUGUGAUCAUUUGGGACAAUGUACGCUUCCACACAACAAACCAAAUCAGUGAGUGGUUCACCACCAACAGUAACCACUUUUUAAACGUCUGUCUGCCACCCUACUCCCCUUUCCUGAACCCUAUAGAGGAGUUCUUCUCAUCGUGGAGAUGGAAGGUUUAUGACAGACGACCAUACACUAGAGAAAACCUCCUAAGGGCAAUGGAGCUGGCAUGUGUUGACAUCCCAGUGGAGAACUUCCAAGGGUGGAUGCGCCAUUCCAGGGCGUUUUUCCCACGGUGCCUGGCAAGAGACAAUAUAGCCUGUGAUGUGGAUGAGGUGAUGUGACCUGAUGCAGCUCAGCGACAUGAUGCCACACAGUGAUUGUGGU